AUGGACACCUCUACUCACACAGCCUACAAACAGCGCCGAAAAGUGAACCCGGAUUCCAAACCACAUGUGGGUAUCAUCGGUGCGGGAUUGUCUGGUCUUCGCUGCGCGGAUAUCCUGUUGCAGCAUGGAUUCCAGGUGACCAUUCUCGAGGGCCGGGAUCGCAUCGGCGGCCGGCUCUAUCAGGAGAGACUGGGAAACGGGCACUUGGUUGAUAUGGGGCCGAACUGGAUCCACGGCACCGACGACAAUCCCAUGCUGGACCUGGCGAAGCAGACGGGAACGGCUGUUGGGGCCUGGGACCUGACGUCGUACGUGUUUGAUGAGUCGGGCAGCCUGCUGCCGGUGCAAGAGGGAGAGGUGUAUGCCACAAUGGUGUGGGACAUUAUCCAGGACGCCUUUGUCUACUCCAACAAGUCGUCUGCGGACAUUGACGCGAGGAUAAGCCUGUUGGACUUUUUCAGAGAAAAGGUGGUGGAAAAGAUUCCAGAAACAGAAGAAAACUUCGAGAAGAAGAGACAGACGGUGCUGCAGAUGUCGGAGAUGUGGGGAACAUUCGUCGGCAGCCCUGUUGGUCAGCAGAGCUUGAAGUUCUUUUGGCUGGAGGAAUGCAUCGAAGGCGAGAAUCUCUUUUGCGCAGGCACGUAUCAAAAGAUUUUGCAGGAGGUGGCGAGGCCGGCGCUUUCAAAGGCGACGAUAUCGUUCAACUCGGUGGCCAACAAGAUCUUCUCUCGAACAAAGCCAGACGACGAGGUCCGGGUCCAGCUCAAGGGCGGCCAGACCUUGUCGUUUGACGAGCUCGUCGUCACAUGUCCGCUGGGGUGGCUGAAACGAAAUCUCACCGCAUUCGACCCUCCCCUGCCGCCGGUGCUCACAAAGGCCAUUGGCUCCAUCGGCUACGGGAGUCUUGAAAAGGUCUACAUCAGCUUCCCCAAGGCCUUCUGGCUGCCUGCCGAGGGUGAUGGGCGUCGAGUCCAGGGAUUUGCCCAGUGGAUUGCGCCAAAGUACCAUCCCGAGAACGCUCGGGGAUGGAAUCAGGAGGUGGUUGAGCUGGCCAGCAUCGCACCCGAAGCCGCUCACCCGACGCUGCUCUUUUACAUCUACGGCGAGCAGUCCGACUUCCUGACAGCAAGGGUUGCCGAACUGGAAAGCAGGGAGAAGAAGGACGCGUUCCUGCUCGACUUCUUCAAGCCGUACUAUUCCAGGCUGCCGCAGUACUCCGAGGACUCGGCAGACUGCCAGCCUGUCUGCUGUCUCGCGACCAACUGGGUCCGCGAUGAGCUGGCCGGACACGGCAGCUACUGCAACUUCCAGGUCGGCCUCACGCACGGCGAUGAGGACAUCAAGGCGAUGAGACACGGUCUGCCGGUGCAGGGGCUGUGGCUGGCAGGCGAGCACACGGCGCCCUUUGUCGCACUGGGCACAGCAACGGGUGCGUACUGGAGCGGCGAGUCGGUGGGCAAGAGGAUAGCGGAGGCGUACAAUUGCAGCCUGCAGGUGACUCUAUGA